AGCGGCUUCUCCUCUAGCCCCCACACCACCCGAUACCAUCACACCUGCUGCAGACCACCUGCCUGCCGUACGACACCGUCUUCCCCGCAAAACCCCGCCAUUUGUACCACACGUUAUUGCCGCCACCAUGGCCUCCGCCACCAAUGGCUCAGAUGGCCACAGCGCCCCCAAGGACGACAAUAGCAAAUAUGACCCAAACUUUACACAACAUGUUAUCGAUAUGAUGAGCCCCGAGACAAAGCCAAGGCACAGGGAGAUCCUUUCGUCCCUAAUUCGGCACCUGCACGACUUUUGCAGGGAGGUCGAGCUUACGCAGGACGAGUGGAUUAUUGGCGUUAAUUAUGUAAACGCUAUCGGCCAGGCCUACAAGAAGAACCGCAACGAGGCAUGGAGGGUAUGCGACAUCCUCGGGGUUGAGUCGCUUGUUAUCGAGAUUAACAACAAGAUUGUGGCCCCCAAUGGCGCCCAGCCCACGUCGUCCGCCAUCCUGGGCCCCUUCUGGUCGCCCGAUACGCCCUUCCGGGAGAACGGCGACAGCGUAGUCCAGAAUAUGCCCCCGGACGGGCAGCUUACCUUCUUCCACGGCGUCAUCAAGGACGCUGAGACGGGCAAGGGCAUCCCCAACGCCAUCUUUGACAUGUGGCAGGCCAGCACCAACGGCAAAUACGAUAUAUUUGACCCCGAGAACCAAACCCGCCACAACCUCCGCGGCAAGUUCCGCACCAACGCCGACGGCAAGUUCUGGUUCUACUGCCUCAAGCCGACCGAGUACGCCAUCGACACGUCGGGCCCCUCGGCCGAGCUGCUCCGCAUCAUGGGCCGCCACCCCUACCGGCCCUCGCACAUCCACAUGAUUAUCACGCACGACGACUACGUCGGCAUCACCUCCCAGCUGUACCCCAGCGACGA